CACAACACCCCCCCACCCCCUAAAGGGGACAUCACUACUCCCGUGCUUUUUGCCCAGUACUUUCAGAAGCCCAGCACGGGAUACAUGUUCAUCAAGAACCCUCCUCCCGCGGGGGUUCCCUACACCAACAUUCGUGGCGAGCCCGCCAUGGUCACCGUCGAGGACCUCCGCGGCAAGGAGGACAGCGUCAAUCUCGACCACGACUCACUCCAGGUCCUGCAAGGCCUGACUGAUGUUCCGCGCAGCCCCGAGGUCAACUGGGACAGCAUCCAAAGCGUGGAGAAGACCUUUUACCCGGCUGUCGAAGCGGCCGUCAAGUCUGCCAUUCCCGGCGCCCACACAGUGCAUAUCUUCCGCCACGGCAUCCGCCACUCGCAGAACUGGCCGGUGCCCUACAAUCCUCCGGCCAUGAUCGCUCAUCUGGAUCAGACGGGCCCCGCCGCCAUCAACCGCGUUCUUCGACAUAUGGGCCCCGUAGAGGGACCCCGGCUGCUGCAAGGUCGCUACCGCAUCGUGCACUUCUGGACCCCCCUCAAUGGGCCCGUCUACACCUGUCCGGUGGCGGUAGCUAGUUCUGCCACGGUCAAGGAUGAGGAUAUCCAGAUUUUUGUCAGUCAUCUUGGAGGCGUAGGUGGGCUGGACAUGCCUCUUGGACGGCCGGUCGCCAAGCCUGACGCGGCGGAGCAAUACCGCGAGGACUUUGGGGCCCCCCGCUAUGCGGAUGGACAGCGGUGGUUCUACCUCAGUGGCAUCACCCAGGAUGAGGCGUUGUUGAUCCAGAUCUUUGACUCCAAGGCGUUGCAGAAGGACAGUUCCGUCAAGGGAGGCAGAGCCGUGCAUUCGGCUUUCCGCGAUCCCCGGACUCCCCAGGGAGCCCCCGAUCGGUGGAGUAUUGAGGUUUCCUGCUUGGUCUUCAGCGAUGAGUGA